AUGGCUAACCUCACUGAUAAAGGAGUAGCAGGAGCCCAUGGUGGCAACCCACAGUUCCUCAUAUCACAGAUUGUGAGAGAUAGAGUGUACUCGUUACGGUAUUGGAAAGAAGAGUGCUUCGGUCUUAACGCGGAAACUAUACUGGACAAGGCGGCUGAGUUGAAGUAUGUGGGAACAGUGUAUGGUUCACUACAGCGACCGAGCCCCUUCCUGUGUCUGCUGGUGAAGUUGCUGCAAAUAGGACCGGAGAAAGAAAUUAUAAAAAGCUUUAUUGAUUUGAGUGCAGGGGAUGAUGCUGGAGAAUUGCGAUACCUCCGAGCACUGGCCUGCACCUACCUCCGGUACAUCGGUCGGCCGGAUGAGAUCUAUAACUGGCUUGAGCCUGUGCUGUGGGACUAUCGUCAAAUAGUUGUACGGAAGCUUGACGGCAGUUUUGAAAUAUCCAAUCUCGAUACGUGGGUGAACACUCUACUAACAGAGGAUGAGAUCAUUACACUGGGCUUGCCGAAGCUUCCGCAACGUCAUAUCCUUGAAGAAAGGGAAGCAUUGAAGCCCUUCAACUGGCCGCCGGAGGUUGUUGAAGGUCUUAAGGAGGAGCCUUCGGAUGAGCCUAUUGAAGUGGCAGAGGGAAACACGGUUGAAGCUGAAGGCUCGGAGGGUCGGAAGGAGGACAGUCGGUCGAGGUCUAAACCAUCUGAUGAGGAGCACAAGCAUCACCGUCAUCAUCAUCAUCACCGAGAGAAGAAGAAGAAGGGGAAGGAGACGGAGGAACAGCAGGAGAUCGAUGAGGCUAAUGCACUUCGGGCUAAGCUAGGGUUGAAGCCUCUCAGAACGUAA